AUGAGCGGCACAGUCAUUGCCAACAGUGUGAACGAUGCAACCAGCACUCACAACCCUGGUGGCCGGGGCGGCCCCAAUACGUACCUGAGCAUGGUAGGAGAUGUCCAGGAAGAGUUGGAAAGGCUUCGUAUUCAGCAUCGCUGGCUGCAAAUGUGCCUGAAAGACAAAAUUGUGUUCGCCCCAGUUGACCUUAACAAGGAGGGAUUGAAGAUCCUCGACAUGGGUUGCGCGGACGGGACGCUUCUCAGGGACUUGCAGAAGAAUGUUCCAUCGUCAGCCGAACUGGUUGGCGCAGAUGUGUCGACCAUUUUUAUGCCUACCUCAAGCCAAGGCAAUAUUCGAUACGUAACCCAAGAUGUCUGCGACCCACCCGCAAAUAACCUAAAAGGCAUAUUCGACUUGACCCAUGUCCGUCAUGUGCUUCAUAGUACCAGCAGAUCUGGCGUCGAAAAAGCGGUGGCCCAUCUUGCUGAAACGCUCGCUCCGGGCGGCUGGUUGCAAACGAUGGAAAUGGACUUUUCCUUAGAGCAGCCAGGACAACCCCAAGCCCUCAAGGACGCCAUCCGGGUUGUCGGAGAUCUCAUGGAAGCGGUAGGCAUGGACCGUGAGUAUCCGAGACAAUUACCGGAGGCGUUCAAAAAAGCCGGCCUCCAGAACGUGGUUGUCGAAAAGAUUGACUGUAAGAUUGGCAGAGUUUAUGGCAAUGAUGCAGACAUGAAUCUCUCAAUAGAGCCAUUCAAGCGGGCCAUCCCUUUAAUGGCCAAAAGAUGCAAGAUGGUUUGUUUGGAUACUCCAUCGUCUAUUUCGGAAAAUCUGGAAGAAAGGUAUGUGAAGGAAAUGACAGAGAAAGGCGGUGUAUUCCCUAUAUUCAUUGUCUACGGCCAGAAGCCACUGGCGUAG